UUAUUUCUAAAAAAUCAGAACACACACAAACGGUCGGUCUUGUUAUCUUAUUAAGCUAAAAGAAAUGGAGAACGGGAACCACAAAGAAGUCCCAGACAACGCUAAUGAACAUUGCCCAGGAACAGAAUCAGAAGAUGCGGGAAAAUCGGAUGCAUGCGCAGGUUGCCCAAAUCAAGAAGCUUGUGCUUCUGCUCCCAAAGGCCCUGACCCAGAUUUGGUUCAGAUUGCCGAUAGAAUGGCUACAGUGAAGCAUAAGAUACUGAUUUUAUCGGGUAAAGGUGGAGUUGGCAAGAGCACGUUCUCAGCCCAGCUCUCAUUUGCCCUGGCCGCCAUGGAUCAUCAAGUAGGUCUACUUGACAUCGAUAUAUGUGGACCAAGCAUCCCAAAAAUGCUGGGUUUAGAAGGUCAAGAGAUUCACCAAAGUAACCUAGGUUGGUCCCCUGUCUAUGUCGACUCCAUAGGAGUCAUGUCAAUCGGGUUCAUGCUCCCUGACCCUGAUGAUGCCGUUAUCUGGAGGGGUCCACGUAAAAAUGGGAUCAUAAAACAAUUUCUUAAAGACGUCUACUGGGGAGAGCUCGAUUUUCUAGUAGUGGAUGCUCCACCGGGUACCUCAGACGAACACAUCUCGAUCGUUCAAUUCCUCAAAGAAACAGGAAUAGAUGGCGCGAUUAUAGUCACCACCCCGCAACAGGUUUCUUUGAUAGAUGUAAGGAAAGAGGUGAGUUUCUGUAAGAAAGUCGGGAUUCCAGUUCUGGGGGUUGUUGAGAAUAUGAGCGGGUUAUCUCAAUCUGUUUCUGAUUUCAAGUACAUGAAACCAUCUAAAUUUGGGGAAGAACAAGAAGAUGUUACAGAGUGGGCUAUGUCAAUAUUGAGAGAAAAAGCACCUGAAUUGUUGGGUUUGGUGGCUUGUACUGAGGUUUUUGAUAGCAGUGGUGGAGGGGCAGCAAAAAUGUGUGUUGAGAUGGGUGUCCCAUUUCUUGGGAAAGUCCCAUUGGAUCCCAAGUUAUGUAAAGCUGCGGAAGAAGGUAAAUCUUGUUUUACAGGUGAAGAAUCUGGGGUGAGUGCUGCUGCACUUACUGCGAUAAUUAAUAAAUUGCUGAAGAAUGAUACAUUUGUUUGAGUGUAAAAUGAUGUACAUUUGGAAUCUCACUUUGAACAUUUCGGUAAUGUGUUUCCUGUCAUAGGAUUGAGAUUUUUUUUUUAGCUAAUGUGAAUUUUCAUUUCUUUGUUUAACAGAAAGUUUCAUUUCUGUAACUGGGUACCAUCGCCUUUAUCUGCCUUAACUAUCUAGAGAACUUGAGAUUUCACUUGUAUAUUGUUUUAUAAAACAGAAUAAAAUACAUCGAAGGUUCUAUGGUCGUUUGUUAUGAA